GGAGCGCCGCCUGCACUUCCGGGCCUGGAGUCCGGCUCCAGAGUUCCUGUAGGCGGCGCGGGAGGAACAAUCGGUGUGAGGGGCCGGGCCGGGCGGAUCCCUCCGGCCCGAUGUGAGCGGCUGGCGCCCCGAACCCCCGUCCGGCGAGGCUGCCCGCGGCGGGCCGGUGCCCGGGACCAUGAGGCAGUGGCUGCUCCUCCUGACCAGCGUGGUGCCGCUGGCGCUGGCGCCGCCACCUCCGGGCCCGCCGGGCCCGGGCUCCCCGCCGCGGCUCGAAAAGCUUGAUUCUUUGCUCUCAGACUACGAUAUCCUCUCUUUAUCCAGUAUACAGCAGCACUCAGUCAGAAAGAGAGACCUACAGGCAUCAACACAUUUAGAAACACUGCUGACGUUUUCAGCAUUAAAAAGGCAUUUUAAGUUAUACCUGACGUCAAGUACAGAACGCUUUUCCCAAAAUUUCAAAGUGGUGGUGGUCGAUGGUAAGAAUGAGAGCGAGUACAGCGUCAAGUGGCAAGACUUCUUCAGCGGCCACGUGGUCGGUGAGCCUGACUCUAGGGUUCUAGCCCACAUAGGAGAUGACGAUAUUACAAUAAGGAUCAACACAGAUGAGGCAGAAUAUAAUAUAGAGCCACUUUGGAGACUCAUUAAUGAUACUAAAGACAAAAGGAUGUUAGUUUAUAAAUCUGAAGACAUCAAGAACGUCUCCCGGCUGCACUCCUCCAAAGUGUGUGGCUACAUAAAAGCGGAAAGCGAAGGUUUGCUCCCGGAAUGGCUGGUAGCUGGAAAGGCACCUGAUGAGCUUGUUCACCGGGUGAAGAGAGCUGACCCUAAUCCCAUGAAGAACACGUGUAAAUUGCUGGUGGUGGCAGAUCAUCGCUUUUACAAGUACAUGGGCAGAGGGGAGGAGAGCACCACUACCAACUACCUGAUAGAGCUCAUUGACAGAGUGGAUGACAUCUACCGGAACACUUCCUGGGACAACGCCGGCUUCAAAGGGUACGGGAUCCAGAUAGAACAGAUUCUCAUUUUCAAGUCUCCACAUGAUGUAAAACCUGGUGAGAGGCACUAUAACAUGGCAAAAAGCUACCCCAAUGAGGAGAAGGAUGCCUGGGAUGUGAAGAUGCUGCUGGAGCAAUUUAGCUCUGAUAUAGCUGAAGAAGCAUCUAAAGUCUGCCUAGCACACCUUUUUACGUACCAGGACUUUGACAUGGGAACUCUUGGAUUGGCUUAUGUUGGUUCUUCCCGCCCGAACACUCACGGCGGCGUCUGUCCCAAGGCUUAUUAUAAUCCGAUUGGAAAGAAAAAUAUCUAUUUGAAUAGUGGUCUGACCAGCACAAAAAAUUAUGGUAAAACCAUUCUUACAAAGGAAGCUGACCUGGUUACAACUCAUGAAUUGGGCCACAAUUUUGGAGCGGAACAUGAUCCGGACGGUAUAGCGGAAUGUGCCCCAAAUGAGGACCAGGGAGGAAAAUUCGUGAUGUAUCCCAUUGCUGUGAGCGGGGAUUACGAGAACAAUAAGAUGUUCUCCAACUGCAGCAAGAAGUCCGUCUACAAGACCAUCGAGGUCAAGGCCCUGGAGUGCUUCCAGGAGCGCAGCAACAAGGUGUGUGGCAACUCCCGCGUGGACGAGGGCGAGGAGUGCGACCCAGGCAUCAUGUACCUGAACAGCGACACCUGCUGCCACAGCAACUGCACGCUGAAGGCGGGCGUGCAGUGCAGUGACCGGAACAGCCCUUGCUGUAAAAACUGCCAGUUUGAGACUGCCCAGAAGAAGUGCCAAGAGGCCAUUAAUGCCACGUGCAAAGGCGAGUCUUACUGCACAGGCAACAGCAGCGAGUGCCCGCCUCCCGGGGACGCCGAGGACGACACGGUGUGCUUGGACCUGGGCAAGUGCAAGGACGGCAAGUGCGUGCCCUUCUGCGAGAGGGAGCAGCAGCUGGAGUCCUGCGCGUGUAACGAGACGGACAACUCGUGCAAGGUGUGCUGCCGGGACCGCGAGGGCCGGUGUGCGCCCCACGUCAGCGCCGAGGGGAGCCACCUGUUCCUGCGGAAGGGCAAGCCCUGCACCGUGGGCUUCUGUGACAUGAACGGCAAAUGUGAGAAGCGAGUACAGGAUGUCAUCGAGCGGUUUUGGGACUUCAUCGAUCAGCUGAGCAUCAAUACUUUCGGGAAGUUCCUCGCAGACAACAUCGUGGGCUCAGUCCUGGUCUUCUCCCUGCUCGUCUGGAUUCCUCUCAGCAUCCUUGUCCAUUGUGUGGACAAGAAGCUGGACAAGCAGUACGAGUCCCUGUCCCUGUUCCACCCCAGUAAUGUUGAGAUGCUCAGCAGCAUGGACUCGGCCUCGGUCCGCAUCAUCAAGCCCUUUCCGGGGCCGCAGACCCCCGGCCGCCUGCAGCCCCUGCAGCCCGCCCCCGUGGUGCCGCUGGUGCCGGCAGCCCCGAAGCUGGACCACCAGCGGAUGGACACCAUCCAGGAGGACCCCAGCACGGACUCGCACGUGGACGAGGACGGCUUUGAGAAGGACCCCUUCCCCAGCAGCAGCACGGCCGCCAAGUCGUUCGAGGACCUCACCGGCCACCCGGUCACGAGGAGCGAGAAGGCCUCGUCCUUCAGGCUGCAGCGGCAGAGCCGCGUCGACAGCAAAGAGACCGAGUGCUAGCUCAGGGUGGGUGCCCCGGCUCCGCCUGUGUGCGCAGUGUUCUUACCGCUCCGACCUCAGCCACUCCCAGGGCAGUGACUGGAGCAGGUGCUGGUCACGUGUCUGGACUCUUGGCACACAUACUUGUGCGGUUGGGCCUUUCCUGUGUGAACAGGUAAGGUGAAUCUAGCUUAUUUGAGGCUUUCAGAUUUUACUGUUUAUGUUUAUAUCCUUCAACCUGUGGUGCAGAAGCAGAAAAUACAGCUGGAUGAGGCCAGAAGUAUUUACGUUUUGGUAAAGUAGCAUGUCACAUCCGUGACGGCACUGAUCAGGGCGAGCGCGGCCUUUUCACCAGUGAAAGGAGGGCGAGGCGUUCAGCGGUAACGCGUAAGAAUAACUGGAACAGUAAUUUGUCCUCCUGCCCUCAGUAAACAUACGGAAGACAAAGCUGAGCUGUGUGUCAUCUCCAUGGCGUGGGUUCUGGCUCUCGGUCCGAGCCCACGCUUCCAGCAGGGAGAAGACCCAUUCCAGUCAGGAGUGAUUGGGUUGGUUUCUUCAGAAUUCUAAGGUCCGUGCUUCCUCCGGUUCAGCAGUGUCGUUUACAGGGAGAGUUACAAGGAGCAGCUGGCGGCCUUACAGAGUCCUGCCUGUGUGAGGCCGCCGUGCUGGGCAGCGUGUGUUCCCGGGCCUCGCGCUGUCCGCCGGUGGCCCACAGCACUGCCUUCCCGGGCUCCCUCAGCCCCCCUGGUCCAUCGGCAGCACAGCCUUCCGGUGGCAGCCCCUCUGGCUGAGGAGCCGGAGGCCGGGCCAGGGCUCGGUGUGGGGAGUGGCUGUGCCUCGAGGGAAGGGUCACCGUUGCCUCCAUAGGAGAGGCUGUGUUUGAUCUGGGGGCGCUUGGGGCCCUGCUGAGGCCAGUGUCGAUGCUGGUGGAGUCGGGGUGCAGUCUGGGAGGCUCCUCUCAGAUGCCUCAUAGCUUGAGCUGUCGGCACCCUUGGGUGCCCGGGCCUGCUGUGAGGGCGCUGCUGCGCCGUCCCCCCCAAGCCCCGGCCUGGAGCUGUGCCAUCCCCCGAGCCCAGCCUGGAACUGGGAAGCCGGGCCGGGCUCUUGGCACCGCUGACUUCAGGGAACUGUCUUCCUGGGUGGCAGUGCCUUUUGGGGGUGGCCUCAGGGUGAGAUUCGGAGCUGGUCCACUGCCGUUCACUCUGCAGAGCUGUAUUUUGGGGCCUUGGAGGCUGGGUGGCUCCGCCAUGUCACACUGGGGGGUCGGGUACUGCUGUCCAGGCCGUCUGCUGAGUUGUCCAGGCCCAACAGGCUCAUCGCCUUACUCCUGUGGUCCCGGCUGAGCAGGCAGGUGUCCCGGGCACACUCACUUGGGGCCGGCUGGGGCCGGCUGCCCCUCGCUUGAGGAACCCUUCUCCCGCGUGGGCGCGGCCUCAGGUCACAGCCCGGUCAGUGUUGCUCAGACGCGUGGUGCUGACUGCACUGGCUUCCGGACUCUGGACGGAGCGCACUCGUGUGUGAAGGGGAAGUCAUCGGAAUUCUGACUUCCUUAAAAUUCUAGUGAAAAGCUUCUCCCCUGAAACGUGCUCAUCAGCCAACAUGUUUAAUGAGGAACUUAUAACCAAACCUGUGACAAGUGGUGUCUUUUCUCCUACGGAGGUUUGUUACACACAUGGCUGUUACUCUAAUACUUGAACUUGUACCUGUGGUUUUGCUGGCUUUUAACUAGUCACCAUAUCCUUAUAUUUUAGUUACACUUUUGGAGUCUGAUGGAAGGUGAAUGGGUGUAUGUGUGAGUGAAGCAGUUCCCAGCUGAAUGUAACAAAACCAUUUUUUUAAUAAAAUCGACUUUU